AUAAGGGACCCUGAGGGGCUGAAGCCAAUUUAAAACCUGCAGGUUGGCAGCGGAGUAUUUUGCGCAGCGCCACUGGUUCGCUCCUCUCUCUCUCUCUCUUUCUCUCUGUGAGAUGAAUCCGGGUGAAGGAAAGGGUUGGGACAGGGAGGAAUAGCCGGAGGGAGGGAUGGCUGAAUAACGAGGAGAGAAACACCCACUCCGGACUGAACGAACUGUAUCCGGAGAGAAGGAGUGAGAGAAAGGAAGAGGGGAAGAAAGAGUGAGAAGAAAGAGGAACCCUUUUGGGAGGCAGAAGCAGGAGCGGUCUUUGGUAUUCACGGGAUUUCCUUUGGGGGAUAAAAGGACGCUUUGAAUUGAUGACUGGAGAGGUCUAGACUGCUGGUUUUGAGGAUGUUGUCAAUGGGGCAGAUCAGUUGGUGUUUGUGGGCUCCACUGGUGUUACUGGCCCUUGUUUCCUAUUACCCCAGUAAGGCACAGGGUCAAGUUCCAGCUCCGAGGAAGCUGCGUUUCAAAGUGCUGAGCUCAAGCAAACUCCUGGUUUCAUGGAAGGAGCCCAAAGGAGACUUUGACAGCUAUCUGUUUUUCUACAAAAGUACCCCAGGUGGUCAGCAGAGGGAGAUCAUAGUAUCUAAAUCAGACACCAGCGUGUUGAUAACAGACUACAGUCCUUCUAAAGUCUACACUUUCAGUGUUAUCGCAGUCAGCGGCAACAAGCAGAGCAGACCACUUCAGGGCAGAUUUAAAGGUGAAAGAAAUGAGAGUGACAAGACUGAGUCCCAGAGGUUCACCGAUUCAGCUGCUCCUCCGAGGAACGCCAACGAGAUCUCUGGAGUUGACCAGUUUGUGUGUCACACUGAGGCUAUUGCGGAUAUUGUGAUCCUGGUGGACGGCUCCUGGAGUAUUGGCCGACUAAACUUCAGGCUGGUCCGUAUGUUCUUGGAAAACCUGGUCAAUGCCUUUGAUGUUGGCAUUGAUAAAACAAGGAUAGGUCUCGCACAGUACAGUGGCGAUCCCAGGAUUGAGUGGCAUUUAAAUGCUUUCUCAACUAAAGAUGCAGUCGUUGAUGCUGUCAGGAACCUGCCCUACAAAGGAGGAAACACCCUCACAGGUGUAAAGAAUGCCGACGAGAAUGAGCUGCGCUCCAUCGCCUCACAACCGGAGAGCAAUCACGUCUACAAUGUGGCUGACUUUAACAUCAUGAGCUCUAUUGUAGGGGGGCUAACAAAAACAGUGUGCAAACAGGUGGAGCAGCAGGACAAAGACAUCAAGCAGAAACAUAUACCAGAGACAACAGGAAUGCCGCUUGACCUAGUGACAUCAGACAUCACGGCCCAAAGCUUUCGGGUUUCAUGGAGCCAUGCCCCUGGAAAUGUAGAGAAAUACAGAGUUGUUUAUUAUCCCACUCAGGGAAGAGACCCAGGAGAUCCACAGGAGGCUGUAGUGGUCGGGAGUGAGUCUUCAGUGGUGUUACAGCAUCUUAGCUCCGUCACUGAGUACCAACUGGCGGUGUUUGCUGUGUAUGCAAACAAGGCGAGUGCAGCUCUGAGAGGAUCAGAAACAACGCUGGCUCUUCCCACAGUCACCGGCCUCCAGCUGUUUGAUGUGAGUCACAACACCAUGAAAAUAAAAUGGAACAGUGUGGAUGGAGUCUCUGGCUACAUGCUGCUUUAUGCACCUCUGACAGAUGACUUGGAUGAGAAAGAGAUAAGGGUGUCAGAUGCAGUGACGGAGCUGGAGCUGGAUGGGUUGAUCCCUCACACCGAAUACACCGUCACUGUUUAUGCCAUGUUCGGCGAGGAGGCCAGUGAACCUGUUACAAACCAGGAAACCACAUUACCACUGAGUCCUCCCAGCAACCUCCAGUUUUCUGACAUUACCCACAACUCGGCCCACAUCAGCUGGGACCCCGCGCCUAGUGGAGUUAAUGGUUACCGCAUCAUGUGGGACAAGACAGAUGGACUAGUCACAGACGAGGUGGAGGUUGGUUCAGUGAGUUCUUAUGACCUCGGUGAGCUGACGUCUUUGACGGAGUACUCAGUGGCAAUUUUUGCCCUGUACAACGAGGGCGAAUCAGAACCGCUCACCGAUGCGUUCACCACCACUCCAGUUCCUGGUCCUCUGAAUCUACACUCCAGUGAGGUCAGCACGGACAGCUUUAAGGUCAGCUGGGAUCACUCAGCCAGUGACAUUAUUCUCUACAGACUCUCCUGGACACCAUUCGAUGGUGGCAACACAAAAGAGGUGGUCUUGAGUGGAAGUGAUAACAGAUACUCACUGACCGGCCUCAGUCCCUCCACUGAGUAUGAAGUUAUGCUGACGGCCAUAUUCAAAGACAAGUCUGAGAGCGACACAGUCUUUGUCACUCAAACCACAUUGCCCACACAGACAACAACAACUUCUACCAAAACCACAGCGGCACGUCAGGCUGUGAGAAACCUUCAGCUGAGUGACGAGACCACCCAGAGCUUAGAGGCUUCGUGGGAGCUGGAAGACCCCAACGUGGAGAGCUACAGGGUCGCCUACACAAGCCUCAGCGGAGAUCACAAGGACUCUAUGUCAGUUUCUGGAGGUGAGAGGAGAGCAGUGCUCGAGCCUUUACAAUCAGACACCAGCUACAAAGUGACAGUCACUCCGGUGUACAGCGAUGGACAAGAUGGCCUUGGUGCAUCUGCCAUGGGUUCCACAUUGCCGCUCUUGCCUCCUGAAAAUCUGCGUGUGUCAGAGGAGUGGUUCAAUCGCCUCAGGGUGUCGUGGGAUCCACCUCGGUCUCCUGUUGAGGGUUACCAGUGUGUAUGUGUCUUCUUCUCAGUUCACGGUCCAGUAUUGGAGACAACAGUGGAUGAAGAUGUGAACUCCAUGCUUAUUGUCAAUCUACAAAGUGGGACAGAGUACAGUGUCCGAGUCAAGGCUUCCUACCCUGCAGGAGAAAGUGAGCCACAGCUAAUAAAUGCCAAGACAUUAUUCCUUGGUGUGUCUGGCUUGUCAGCCUACCAGGUGCGACCCAACAGCAUGUGUGUUCAGUGGCAGCCUCUUCUACAUGCUACAAUAUACAGAAUCUCUAUACAGUCCACACUCAAUGGUCAGAGACAGGAAGUGAGGCUGGGAGGUGGAGCUUCCCGACACUGCUUUUACGACCUCACUCCUAGUAGCCAAUACCAGAUCAUCGUUCACGCGCAAAUACAAGAAACGGAGGGACCCUCUGUCUCCAUCACUGACAUGACACUUGCAGCACCCACUCAGGCGCCGACUGAACCACCCACUACGGAGCCCCCACCCACAAUCCCACCAGCCAAAGAGGUAUGUAAGGAGGCCAAGGCUGACCUGGCGUUCCUGGUCGACGGCUCCUGGUCCAUCGGAGAUGACAACUUCAUGAAGAUUACACGUUUCCUCUACAGCACCAUGGGAUCGCUGGAUCUGAUUGGACAAGAUGGCACCCAGGUGGCCGUUGCUCAGUUCAGCGACGAUGCUCGGACCGAAUUCCAGCUGAGUUCUCAUAGCAACAAAGAAGCACUGCUGGAGGCUAUUCAGAGAAUCAGCUAUAAAGGAGGAAACACGAAGACAGGUAGAGCCAUCAAACAUGUGAAGGAGUCUAUUUUCACCUCAGAGGCGGGAGCCAGAAGGGGCGUUCCCAAAGUCCUGGUCGUUCUGACCGAUGGACGUUCACAAGACGAUGUCAACAAAGUGUCCAAGGAGAUGCAGGUGGAGGGCUACAUCAUCUUCGCAAUUGGGUUUGCGGACGCAGACUACGGCGAGCUGGUGAAUAUCGCCAGCAAACCCAGUGACAGACACGUCUUUUUUGUGGACGAUUUGGACGCUGUGAAGAAAAUAGAAGAGCAGCUCAUUACCUUUGUCUGUGAGGCUGCCACUGCCACUUGUCCGUCUGUUUUGAUGAGCGGUAACACGUUGGCAGGUUUCCGUAUGAUGGAGAAGUUUGGCCUGGUAGAGAAGGAGUAUAGCACCAUACCUGGAGUUUCUCUGGAGCCGGGUUCAUUCAACAGCUUCCCUUGCUACAGGUUACACCGUGAUGCCCUGGUGUCUCAGCCCACCAAGUAUCUUCACCCUGAGGGUUUACCAUCUGACUAUACUAUUUCUAUGAUGCUCCGCCUACUUCCCGAGACCCCACAGGAACCUUUUGCGUUGUGGGAAAUCCUCAACAAGGACAACGACCCGUUAGUUGGACUGAUUCUUGACAACUCUGGAAAGACACUGACGUUCUUUAACCAUGACUACAAAGGAGACUUCCAGACUGCUACCUUUGAAGAGGCAGCAAUCAAAAAAAUUUUCCAUGGCAGCUUCCACAAGCUCCAUGUAACCAUCAGCAAGACGUCUGUGAAGGUGGUACUGGAUUGCUCAGUGGUUGGGGAGAAAUACAUUAAUGCAGCUGGUAACAUCACCACCGAUGGAAUGGAGGUCCUCGGAAGGACGGUUCGAUCCAGAGGUAGACAAGACAGCUCUGCUCCGUUCCAGCUCCAGAUGUUUGACAUUAUCUGCAGUACUUCCUGGGCCAGCAGAGAUAAGUGUUGUGAGCUGCCAGCAUUGAGAGUUGAAGAGCAGUGCCCUCCCAUGCCUCAUGCCUGUACCUGCUCUCAGGACAGUAAAGGACCUCCAGGACCAUCUGGACCACCUGGUGGUCCAGGCAUACGAGGAGCCAGAGGAGACAGAGGCGAGCCAGGAGUGACGGGACCUCAAGGGCCCGUAGGAGAAGUUGGCCCUUCUGGACCCCCAGGGCAACCUGGUCCUCAAGGACCCAACGGACUCUCCAUUCAGGGGCCUCCGGGAGCUCUUGGGGAGAAAGGAGAGAGAGGAGAGAUCGGCCCUUCCGGACCAAUGGGAGUUCCCGGAGGUCCUGGCUCACCUGGUAGAGAUGGUCCCCCAGGAUCAAGGGGUCUGCCAGGUAAUACUGGACCACAGGGGCAACGAGGACCCCCAGGACCAGUUGGAGCACCAGGAGCACCAGGAGCUCCAGGACCAGGUGGGCCAACAGGGCCACAAGGGGAUCAAGGAGUUCCUGGUCCUGCUGGUACCAAAGGCGAUAAAGGAGAAAGAGGUGAUGUGCAGUCCCAGGCGGCUGUGCGAGCUAUUGCACGUCAAGUGUGUGAACAGCUCAUCCAGAGCCACUUGUCACGUUACAACUCCUUCCUGAACCAGAUCCCCAUGCAGCCAGCGGUGUCAGUCCGAACAGUGCCUGGACCACCGGGAGAGCCGGGUAGGAGAGGCACCCCUGGUCCUCAGGGAGAGCAAGGUCCAGCCGGGAGGCCAGGCUUUCCCGGUACUAACGGCCAGAACGGGCAACCAGGCGAGAGGGGUCUGCCAGGAGAGAAGGGAGAAAGGGGGACUCCAGGGGUUGGGACUCAGGGGCCUCGAGGACCACCCGGACCUCCUGGUUUGCCAGGUGAAGGACGGACAGGUAGCCAGGGCCCACCUGGUCGACCUGGUAACCCAGGGACACCGGGGAGGCCCGGGAAUCCAGGGACCACAGGACCAGCUGGUCAGCCUGGAUACUGUGAUGCAAACUCCUGUUUGGGAUACAACGUGGGAGUUCAACAGGAUUAUAGGAAUGACUACUGAGGAGCAUUCUUGAACCAUGCUCCUCUCCUCCACCUGUGCUCACCUCCUCCUGCGUCCUCUUUUAAAAAGAAAAGACUAAAUACUGAAGAAACUCCUGUUAUUCCCUAAAGGCUGCCAUAUUUCCUGGGAUGGAUAAGUCCUGACACUUUUGAAGCUGUAGUCCCUGCAGCAGCGAUUAUCACAUUUUUCUUCUCUGGAGACCUUUUGUUUUGUUUUGUUUUUUUAGCUAUUUCUAAGAUUUUUUUUUCUUUAGGGUUUUUUUAAAGGCACAUCAGUUUAAAAGCAAGGUGGUUUUCUCAUUUUAGAAAUCGUUACGCCGUCGUUCGGUGCAGGUUUGUACACAAACACACCAGAUUUUCAGACUUCAUGCACCCGUGAGUAAAGUAUUUUGAUAAGAACUGCUUCAUUAAACGAGUUAUUUUCCCGUGUCGAAGGAAAAAUACGAGCAAUUUGACUCACUUUUCCACAAAAAACAGCCACCGCUCGUCGUCAACGGGACCACCUGUCGACAGAUACUCGUGUAUGCAAAGCUUUGCUGCCGCAGCCUUUGCUUCACCCUGCUUUAAA